CCCAUAUUCCCCAGUUCCCUGGGGGAGUUCUACAUGCUGGUUCUGGAUGAAUCUCCAGGACAAUAGCCAAGUCGGAAGAGAGUCAUGAGUGACCGUCCUCAAGUUCAUCUCUUCCAGACUCACACUGCUUCGAAUUGGUUCACCUUAGUUAUCAUACUUCUUACUGACUGCUCAUACGCCGUUAUGUUCUUCUGCGCAGAAUUAACUUUUCUAUAACAUUUAUCUGUUCGUUAUUCAGGCGUGCUGAAAGAACGCCAGCGAGUUCCAUCGAACGUGUGGCCGGACGGCUGGAACGCACCUGCCGAGGAAGCUGUUCACAGACCCUCAAGAUCCAGCGCAACGACGACAUCAAGAUGCGAAUUCUGCCGAGUGCACACCAAUUGGCAUGCUCCCUGUGCAGCUGUAAAUCUGCCUCGAGGGCAUUCAGCUCUAUCUUUCGAGAAAGCAAGCAACUGCAGUCGGGAAAGCACACCGGGCAAGCUGCCCAGGAUCGUGCAGCUUGGACGUUUAACACCUGGUCCAACGAAAGUGUUCAAGGGAGUUCAUCCCCGGGAUUUGCAGGUAUCAAGAUACCGAUUCGGCCAGAAGACCGGGUGCAUCUCCAGCAGCGUUCUUGUGACCAAACUUCGAAGAAUAACCGGAAGUACAGAGAAAUUUUGCUUGCGCAUAAUACGACUUCCAAUUUCGGCAAUGAGAAUCAGCACCAGCAGACAGUCACAGCUGCACGACCACCCCUACUUGACCCGGUUAGCAAUGCACUGCAGCAAACGGCAUUCGCUUAUUCAAGUCCAACGGUGUACGAUCCUCAUGAAGACUACGAAAUCCCAAGCGAAGCUUCAUUGCUAGUGAAGUCUUCGAGCAAAUCAACGACCCUGUCACCGCGAGCACACGCGGCCAUCGUCAUUGACGGAGACAACUUAUGGUUCCGCAGAGAUCUCCUAUCUGCGGGAUUCGCUGGCGGAAGACAAGCUGCAUUAGCUGCGACAAAGCAUGUUCAAGAAAAUUUCCCCGAGGAUGUUACGAAGGGGUCCAUCGUGGAUGUUCGAGGCUACGUCAUCUGCAACCUCACCGACCUAGAGCGCACUCUUUCAGAGCAAGGAGGUGUGCCAAUAGAAGUCUUUCGCCGAUUUAUUAGGGGAUGGCAGAAUGGUGGCGGUGCUUGGUUCCGCUUUGUGGACGCAGGACAAGGCAGCCAGGUGGCGGAUUCAAAUGUCCGUGCGCAUUUGGUCGAUAGCGUUCUGGAUCAGGAUUGCAUGCAUGUCUUCCUCGGUGGCUUAGAGGACCUAGGCUACGCCAACGAGCUAGCUGGCUUAAGAAAGCUGGGUAUGCUAAACAAGGUCUCGCUGCUUCAGUUGCCAGAGUAUCUCCUCAAGUCUAAAGUCUACGAAGAAUACGCGGAGCGAGUUCAGCGAUGGCCGGACGUGCUUGCCUCCCAAACAGAGUACGAUUGGCCGGAAGGUGGAAACAUCCGGGCCUCUGACAAGCUCAGGAAGCCAUGCAUCGAGCAUCACCUCCUCGGACAAUGCUCACGAGGCUCACGCUGCAAAUCCUCUCAUGCAGAAUUGCCGCAAUCCGAGCUGGAUCGACUCAGAAAGGUGGCCAAGCGCCAGCCGUGCCCUUGGAUCGCACGGGGCGAAGUCUGCGACUACGGUGCGGAUUGUCCAUACGGCCAUUAAUGUACUGGUAGAUGGCUGCAGCAUCUCGAUAGCACGCUAACAGAUUCUGAUCCGUAAUGUUGCAAAUGGCACAUUCUGCUGCGGCCUUCACACAUGACUGUUUCAAGGACCGAGAUUCCAAUCAAUGUAGAGC